UGUUAUGAUAGUAAUAAUUGUCUUUAAUGAAGAUUAUGAGCAUCCUAUAUAUAGUCAAUUCAUUGUUGAUAUUUUUGUUGUUGUUGCAAGUAUAUUAAUAUAUCAGUAAUCAAAAAAUUGUUGAUGUAACUCGACGACGAAUUUUUAUUUUCAUCAAAUGUGUUUUCACUGAUCACUAUCUAAUCGAUUAUCAAAGAAACAAUUAACCAAAGAAUUUAUUGACACAAAGAAGAAACUAAUUGGUGAUAAAUAAUAACUACGAAAUUUAUCAUUAUUAAAAAUGAAGCCUGAUUUUGUACGAAUCGAUCUUGGUAACAGUAUUUGGGAGGUGCCAAAUCGUUAUGAAAAUCUACAUAUUCUCGGUUCAGGUGCUUAUGGUUUAGUAUGCUCCGCAUAUGACAAAAUCGGAAACCAAAAUGUGGCAAUCAAAAAAAUUUCCAAUCCAUUUCAGACAGCCAUACAUGCUAAACGAACUUAUCGUGAAUUAAAACUUUUGAAACACAUGGAUCAUGAAAAUGUCAUUGGCUUAUUGGAUGUUUUCACUUCUGGAAAUGCUUUGGAUAACUUUCGAGAAGUUUAUCUUGUUAAUCAAUUGAUGAGUUCGGAUUUGAAUCGGAUAAUUAAGGCUCAAAAACUAAAUGAUGACCAUAUAAAAUUAUUAGUGUAUCAAAUUUUACGUGGUCUAAAAUAUAUCCAUUCCGCUGGAGUUAUUCAUCGGGAUUUGAAACCAAGUAAUAUAGUGGUGAAUGAAAAUUGUGAUCUCAAAAUCGUAGAUUUUGGACUGGCUCGACAAUCUGAAACUGAAAUGACUGGAUACGUGGCUACACGUUGGUAUCGAGCUCCUGAAGUAAUGCUUAAUUGGAUGCAUUAUAAUUCCACAAUGGAUAUUUGGUCGGUUGGAUGCAUUAUGGCCGAAAUGAUUUCCGGCAGACCAUUAUUCCCCGGCAGCGAUCACAUUGACCAAUUGUUGAAAAUCAUGAAAUUAUGUGGUACACCAGAUGAAGAAUUUAUGAGAAAAAUAACUAGCCAGGAGGCUCGAAAUUAUAUAAAUACAUUGCCUCCAAUGAAGAAAAAAAUUUUCAAAGAUGAAUUUCCAGCUGCUGAUUCUCUAGCAAUCAAUUUAUUGGAAAAAAUGCUUGAACUAGAUUUCGACAAAAGGCUUACAGCUGAACAAGCUUUGGGUCAUUCAUAUUUGGCUGAUUAUUCUGAUCCAAGUGACGAACCUGCUUCAGAUCCAUUUGAUGAUUCGUUUGAAGAGCAAAAUUUAUCCGUAAUGGAAUGGAAAAAAUUGAUAUACAAUGAAAUAUUGGCUUUUGAACCAAAAUCAAUUAAUCAAUAACUGGUGGCCACAAAUUCACCAUGAGUGAUCUUCGAGUGCAUUCAUUUUGUUCAUAAGGUCGAGAACGAUUCUUUUUCGUAAUGAACCUUUCAUUAUUUAUUUGUUUGUGUUUCAAUUAUUAUGACUGAUAU